AUCAAACACACUCUCCGGCAGACUCGAGCACAGCGGCGCAGUGAGCGCGUGUUGAUCAGUUACUGAGUCUUCGUUGAACAGAGGUAAUUGAUCAGUGUGUAGUAAUUCAUCUGCAAUUUGUUGUUAUUUAUGACGUUGGAGUAAAAACUACAGCGGAGCAGUUUACGGCAGGUCGUGAGAGCGAGACAGGAAGCACAUGCACACACCGCUGAGUGAUGGAUGAAGACUUCUCCAGCAGACAUGAGUCUCCGCCCCCUCCCCAUGUUGUGGGGGUCAGUCUGUGUGACUCCACCCCCCUCCUGUGGCGUGUUGAGGACUUGCGGUCAGUGAGGGCUCAGGGCCUGGUUGGGGUGCUGCUUGGCUCGCUGCCCCGAACGCCACGUCAGAACGGACGACUGGGCCGACCUCUGCUGCUGCUGCCGGAGGAGGAGAGACUGCUGAGGGAGCGACACGCUGCUGCCGCACUGCCAGCCAGGAGACAGGAUGGAGGAGGGGAGGAACUUGUUGUGCAGGUGGAGCAGCAGCAGGAGGAGGAGCAACAGAGGAGUUAUGAGGAGCAGAGUGUCCUCGCUCUGGAAGACAGGAAGUCAGCGCUGCUCAGAGCUAUGACAUCAUCACACUCAGGUGGGCCAGGAUCAGGUACUGGGUCUGAGGCCUCUGACGAGGCCCUGCGGGGCCAUCUUGAGGACCUGGACCGGAGUUUUACCUUCCCUCAGUCGGUGCUCGCAGUCCAGCUGAGCACUGCGAGGGCGGGGCUGUCUUACUGUCCCGAGGCCCGCGCCUUCCUGCAGGCCGACUGGCCAAUUAGAGAGCAGCAUGGUAGCAGCUGUGACGCCAGGUACCAGGUGUUCAGAGAUCUGAGGGAGCGGGGCUUCUACCUGACCUCAGCCGGGAAGUUUGGAGGAGACUUCCUGGUUUAUCCAGGUGACCCCCUUCGAUUCCACGCUCACUUCAUCGCCAUCUGUUCGGCCCUGGACGAGUCUGUCUGUGUGCUGGAUGUUCUGUCUGCCGCUCGUCUGGGUUCCAAUGUGAAGAAGACCGUCCUGCUCUGCUCGCCAGGGACGGACGGACACAUCCUGUACACGUCGCUACAGUGGAGUGGGAUGGUUUAGAUCUGGACCUGGACCUGGACCUGGAUGUACCGAUCCUCAGAGGAAACUGGCUGGCUGGUCUCAGAUCAGACUGUUAAAACACUGAACAGUUCCGAGUCUCUGCACCUGAAGACAAACGGCAACAUGGAACCUUCAUCCAGAAGAUGAAGGUGGGUCCAGUGUUACAGGAUCUGUGUUUGUUCUCUGGACUGAAACCAGAAUAAACUCUGUGUUCUGGAUCUCAUGGUUCUGGUCCUCUCAGCAGUGAGAACCAGUUCUGGAUCAGAACGGAACAUGAGGCAGAAUCAACAGCAAAUGUAUGCAGGUCUUUAAAAUGUCUGAGCUCUGAAUCAUCUCAAACAUCUGAUCCAGUUUCAUCCACGCCGCGACACCGCGCGACACCACGCCACGCUGUGCGACGCCACGCAACGUUAACGUUUGUGGGCAUAAACUGUCACUUCUGCUUCAGGACCUGCAGAAUAAAGUUCCCUUGAUUCACAG